AUGCCCGAUGUACAUACUAUAUGGAAUUCGUCCACAUUAGGUGAAGGGAAAAAACUGGGUAGUUCUCCAAGUAAUAGAUACUCAACCAAUAUACUUCGAAGAAAGGUUAAAGCCAAAAAGUUGCGUGAUAGUACAAGCGAGGAAUUAGAUAAAGUUAUUAACUAUGCUCUAUUUCUUGUAGAUAGUGAAUUUAUCUUAGGUUGCGAGAAUAUUUUAUAUGAAAUAGCAAGAGGGUUGUAUAAUAAUAAUAUUAAUAAAAUAUGGAAAACAAAAAAAGAAAAAGAAUUAGUUAUAGAAUUGUGGGAAACGUUAUAUUUAAAUAUAAGAACAAAAAUAUGGUUACACAGAUGUAAUGAGGUUAUAGAAGAAGAGAAAAAGAAAGGGAUAACAAAAAGAGAUAAAAAGUUAUACAAUGAGAAUAAACGGAAAAAAGAUGAAAGUGAAGUUGAAAAGAAUGAAAUACAUGAAACAUAUCGCAAAAAUCAAAAACACUGA